AUGGCGGGCGUGAAUCAUGCGCCAGUCUCCAUGGCUGCUUCCGACAUGCAGAACCGCAAGCGCAAUGUGACCAUGGCGGGGAUCGACAGCUCACCGGGGAGUAUUGACGAGGCGGAGGAUAUCGAUGGUCGUGAUGAUAAGAGGCGACAACCCGUGAAGCGUGCCUGUAAUGAAUGUCGACAACAAAAGCUCCGUUGCGAUGUUGUCCAAGAUCCGUGGGUUGAUUGUUCUCGAUGCCGUCGGCUGAAAUUGGACUGCAAAAUCGAGUCGAAUUUCAAGCGGGUCGGCAAACGCAGCCGCAAUGCCGAGAUGGAACGAGAGAUUAUCGAAUUGAGAAAACGGAUCUUAACCAAUCCUUCUUCGACGCCUCUUCCCCAACAACCUCUACCGGCAGACCAAUUGACGCCCAAGCAAGAAUCCAAUCAGGUCAGCCCCGCAGGCGUCUAUCAAACACCCUCGGCCGUAUCGUCAGACCAAUACAUGGGUUCUCAGGAAGCCGUAGCAUCGCUACUCGACUUGCGAUCAGGAUUUGACGGAUCAAACUAUAUGCGAAAUGGAAACCAACAAUUCAAGCGACUCGAAGAUGUCAUGAUCGCUCCGGAGAAAGUGACGGAGCUUUUCAAUAUGUUCUUCACCUACAGCCAUCCCUUCCUACCAUUUUUAGACCGACAGCAAUCCCCGGACGAUUACUAUGCUGCUUCACCUUUGCUGUUUUGGACGAUUAUAAGUGUUGGUGCUAGACGAUAUCAGGGUGACACCGGCUUGUUGAACUCUCUUGCCGGCCCUGUCACUCGCCUAGUUUGGAGCACGUUAGCAGAUAUUCCUCAAAGCUAUCAUGUUGUCAAGGCGCUCUGUCUGCUGUGUUCGUGGCCAUUUCCCACGAGCAGUACGUCCACUGAUCCAACGUUUAUGCUUUGCGGAAUGAUGAUCCAGGUUGCCAUGCAGCUUGGACUUCAUCGGCCAUCCCACAGCCAAGACUUCAGCAAAUUCCGUGUGGAACUUAUUGAAGAUGAGCUUAGAGAUAAAGUACGCACGUGGGCUAUUUGCAAUAUUGUUGCACAGAGAGUUUCUACCGGAUACGGUCAACCUCCGUCAACAAUCUACGACUGGACAUUAUCCUCGAAUGAUUCCUCGGAUCCCAACUUCAGACUACCCGGAGAAAUUCGAUCUAGGUUGGAGAUUGAGGAAUUUUGCGAUAAGAUCACCAGAGCAUUGUAUACAAAUCGACGUGAUCCUGUCGGGCUGACUAGCGACCGGGAGAGAAGCACCUUGCUUUCAUUCCUUUCGCGGGAUUUUGACGAGCUUGAGGAACACUUCAAAGGACAAAACGAUUGUAUCACCGAUCUAUUUCUUCGUGCUUCAAAUCUUCAUCUCCAUUUGUCGGCGUUCUUAGAUGACCCUUCUGCGAAAGAUUACAGGGAGCGUCUCCUUUCUCUUUACGUUGCAACAACAUCAUUCCUUGAGGUCGCAAUGAAGCUUGAGACCGAAGUUGGACCUGUCCUAUCCUAUACCCCCUACUAUGUUUACCAAAUGAUGGUUGCUGCCGGCUGCACUCUCCUCAAACUGAGCAAGAGUUUCUUUGCCACCCACAUUGACAUGGAAUACACGAAGAGUCUAUUUAAUCGCACCAUUUGGGCUGUCCGCGCCUAUCUCAAAAACCCGACCAACCCCGAUUCAGCGGCCGAUUCAUCCGCAACGUCAUCCGUCGGCCCUCUACACACCUCUACGUCCACGCCGGGUAUCUCCGGUGGCGAUCCAAGUCUUGCACCGGCACCAAUGAUCCCAGCCAAUCUGGGUGUUCAGGCACCAGGUACCGGUGUUGGCGGACUUCCCAGCGGAUUCAUGGAACCAAAUUACGAGGUCUUCGACCCACUUAACUGGCUGCUCGACGGCCUGGUUGACUUGCCUUACUCAUACUCCGCCAUGGGCGGAAUGGAGCCGCAAGGCAUUGUAUAA